CCUACUGUUUCUCCUGUCAUCUUCUGUGAGUUCCGGUGCUUGGUCCGCCCUGGUUCUGAGUCGCCGGUGUCAGGUCCCGGUUGCAAGCACAAAACCCGACGAAGCAAAGAAGGGGGAAUCGGCUGGUCAGCCAGAAGACAAGGCCCCACCCGCCCCCGAGAAGCGAGAGCAGGGGACCCACUCCCGGCAUUCACUCAGCAACCGCCCCCAUCCGAAAACCCAGCUCAGGUCUCGGCCGAGCACGGACCAUCCGAGGAGAGCACCACUCAAGCGGCGGACGAAAACGUGCUUACCUACCUACCUACUGGACGUGUUUUGGCGCGUUCUGGAUUCAGCUGCAGCUGAAGUUCGCGCUAACGCUUGCUGCUACCCCUGGCCCAACGUCGCAGCGCUCCCACGCCUAUCCCGGGCACCUGCAGUCUUGUAUGGUGACUUUUGCGUUACGUACCCACUGUAUCUUCACUACACGCGACACAACCUCACGUCUUCGUUGUGGUGUUGUUAUCGCACGCCUUCUGGCCGCGAUUGACAAUCCCAACUUCAACAUUUUCGGACGGUGUGAUUCGGAACUCUCAACUCAAUUGAGUACUUGAUUCACCCGAUUGUCUAGCCUUUCACCUCGCCGAAGUAGAGCUCGACGCGAGCCCAAACUUGUUUCGGAGCAGCCGUGCUCUAGUCGCGCAGGGGCUGUAAGUGGUUUGGUCCACUUAUCAAAAACGCGACUUACACCAAAGGACGCGACUCCUUCCACGGCCACGGCCAUGAUACCCGCCCCGCGGUUUCUUACGUGACGCCUGCACUUUACCACCUUCACUACAGUACUACAAACACCAGCUGCCAACCCACACCCAAUCCUCUUCCUCCACUUUCCUUCUUUUUUUCCCACCCUAGGUCAUCGCCCUUUAACUGUGCCGGCACUCGACAUCGCCGGCUUCCCGUGUUCCAUAUAUCUCUUUUUCACAUUGCUCGCGUCGAAUACCCCGUCGAGCUGGACAAGCACGCAAUUUUCAGCGAGAGCUUCGCCUACCAUGGCGUCGCCAUUUCCUUCAGCGCCCAUGGGUAACUGGGGGGGUAACGGCCAAGCCGUCCCGCCCCCGCCUUUCACUGGCCCGGUAGAGAGUGGUGACGGCGGUGUCAUCAUCAAGACGAUGGGCCUCAAGGUCACGUACGCGUUUGCCGACAGUGGCGAGAGUUUCCUGGCGCGGUACCCCGAGCUCCUCACCGUUCGAACAGUAACGAUUGACGACAAACUCACCGUCGGUAUGGUCGACCUUCAGAUGUGUGUUCGGGCUGUGGUUAAGUGUAGCCCCGAACUUCUUAGCAACGCCACCCGCGACUUCGCCGUCUACGCCUACGACUAUUCAGAGCCCGAUGAGCCCUUGGUCGGCCAGGGCCUGCUCGGCUGGAUCGUCAACAACUCGGACGGAAAACAGAUCAUUGGUCGCGCCACAAGGAAUCCCCUCUCUGCCUUUAGUAACGGUAUCAAGGAAAUCCUGGAGAUCAAGUUGAAGUUGAAGCCCGUGGCCGCCAUGGCCCAGCCCCACUACGAACCCGAGCCUCGACCCGACCUUCGACACUCUUACCAGCGCUCCGAAAGCCAUACGAGCGUCGAGAUACAGCCCGCGAGGCCUGCCGAGGGAGCCCUCACGCCUUCGAGCCACGCCGAGUGGAACUCGUUUAUGCAAGCGAACCCCCAGAUGAGCAAUCAACCUCACCCGCAAACGGCCGCAUUGCCACACCAACCAUCAAUGCACCCCGACUCACAACACCACCAGUACCUCCAGCGUAGCAAUUCUUUUACCUAUAGCGCGCCGCAACCGCUACCGCCGACACAGCAGCAGCAGCACCAUCAGCAAAAUCAGCCUCAACAUCCUCAGCCUCAGCCUCAGCCUCAGCCUCAGCCGCCGAUGCAAAAUUCUGAUGGUCCUAAUAGGGUGGCCCCAACCCCUGUUGACACAGCAACCGAGACCCAGGUCAACCCACCAUCCAGACCGUCAUCCAGGGCAUCUAACACAUCCAGAAAGUCGAGAGCUACGGGCCGACCGCGUGGACGCCCUAGAAAACAGCCAAGGGCCGAGAGCCAAGGCAACACUUCGGGCUAUGAGGAUGGAACCGAUGGUGAUGACGGCCCAGCCAAGAAGAAGAGGGCCACCGUCAUGACCCAAGUCACGAGCAAUAUCAAUGCCCCGUUCGGUGGCGGCCCCGAGUCCCUGCGGGUGACCGCUAGCACGGCCGGCUCAUUGCGAACCUUGAGGCCGAUGGGCAUUUCCGUCGAGGCGCCCAUGGGCUCACACAUGCAAGAUGUUCCUAGAGCACCGACGCCAGUACCAGAGAGAGGCCCCAUGAUGCCGCAGACUGGGAAGCCAACCAACAGUAGCAAGCUUCGACGACAAUCGACCUUGAGCCAGGCUGCGACCCCCCCCGGCCAACCACAAUAUCCAGAGCCGCCAUUUGCUCUGUCCCCAAGCCAGCAAGACGGCCGCUCUCCCGACUCAGACGCCGUAUCUCCCGCAUACUCCGAUGACAGCCCCGCCGCUAUAGGAUCAUCGCCGCCAGUCCCUCGUAACACGAGGUUUGUUCGGUCCAGUCCGCCGGCAUCAAGCCCCAUCCUUCCUCCUAUGCCAAUGCCUCAGCCGGACUCAGGCUUCAUGAGCGGAGGAGUAGAUGAUGUUUUCGAAGCCGAUGGGGCCAGACUUCAGCUUCCCAAGCCGGUCGUCUUGCCAUCUGCGCGGAGAUCAAACUCCAAUAGUACGAAAAAGCGGAGUGCUCAGCCACCACAAAUCCCAGUAUAUACUUUCCAUCUGGCGACGCAGCCUUCUAGUGAAAUGGACUCGGCACCGAACAACAACAACAACAACAACAAGCAGGUUACGUCCCGGCCUCCCACCUCGACGCUACCACUGGAGUCUUCGUUACCUCCACAGCACGCUGCCAGCGACUCGACAGUCACACUCCCUCCGCCUCCGCAGCCCGCGGAAAAAGAGCCUUCGCCACAACAACAGGAGCAUGUUGUGGCGGCGAACCCUGACGUCCAAACCGACAGUCAAAUCGCUCCUAAAAUUGAGGCGGGACUGCCAGGCGAAUACCUGGACAUGGGUCUGGAAAAGCUUGCCCAAGCAGUGCGAAACAUGUCGCCAGAGACCGUUUUGCCGGAUCCACGAAUGGAUCCGGCUGUGUCCGCGACGUUUGCCAGGCCAUCUGCGCCACCUUCUCUUUCACGGUCUAAUUCCUCAGGUUUUUCGUUGGCUCUUCCUUCGGUUCCGGCCAGCGACCCCAUCGGUCCUGUCGCCUUGCCAGCUCCAGCUCUCCCACAAGCCACCUCCUUCUCGGAAGCACCCUGCCCGCCAAGCGACGCUUUGCAGCCUCCAAGAUCACCACCACAGCCUUCCAAAUCGAACAAGAACUACGUCAAGAAGCAGGCCAUCAGAGAGAAGCUCCUGCAGGCGAUCGCGAGUGGGCAGACACCCAUGUACUGCAGCAACUGCGGGGCCAUUGAAACUCCCACGUGGCGCAAGAUAUGGUCUCAAGAGCAUGAGGGCGUACCAGAGUUCACUGAAUUCUCGGAUAAACCUGGAAGGAUCACCGCCAUCUUGGUCUUGGACCGGGAUGCUGAUGAGAAGCCGAUCAGAUAUCAAAUCAUCAAGAAGACGUUGUCGCCUCAUGAGGACAAGGCCGACUGGAAGGAUCACAUGCUCUGCAACCCCUGUGGCAUCUGGCUGACCAAGUGGAAGUCGCAUCGGCCACAGGACAAGUGGGAGAAGGACGGCGCUCGCCUCGGCCAGCAGAGGCGUGCCCGGGGCACCGGUCGCGCUCCACGACCGCCCAAGACGAAGAAGUCCGGUUCGGCGAAUCCACUCAAUCCGACGUCUGAGGCAUACUUCACUACGGAUCCUAUCGGACCUGACGACCGAGGAGCUUCGCCAAUGGAUGAGAGCAGAUCGCGUGGCGUCUCCCAAUUCAGCAAUGUCAAUGAUGCUUCUCAGCGAUCAAUGUCCCAGUUCUCGGCAUCUCAGCCGCCGGAAUACUACGGCUCACAGCCAACGUCUCCUGGGAAUGUCUCCAACCCUGGGUCGACCCACUCUAGAGGCAGUGGCACGGCCAAGAGCCCGAUCACCAUUGACAACACCGAUGUGCAGGGCAUGGGCGCAACUCGACGACUCCUGUUUCCCUCGCCACGGAAGGGUGGCGUCUCGAAGGCACUGGGCGAGCUUGCCGUCAAUGUCGUGCAAACAGUACUCGAGCCGAACCCACCAGUUGUAGCUGCCCAGAACAAGGAGGUUACUAUAAAGGAGCAUGGUCACGGCGCCACGCCUUCCGGCGGCUCUGGUGCGAAUAAGGAAAAUCUUGCUGUUCCCGAAGACGAUGCUCUCGAAGACCUCUUCAGGAGUCCCGGCCUCGCUCGUCCAUCAACGCCACCCCCUCGAGAACCGGCGGCCAACAACGGACCCUUCAAAACCCCUACCCGACCGACGCCGAGCCACCGACCCAUCACUAGAAGUGUCACUAGAAGUGUCUCGCGUUCGUUAAGGUCGGGUGAUCUCCUUCGUUCCCCCGCGGCUGUGCGCCGCACACCGACGCGGACACCCAGGUCGGCCAAGAACCCAAUCCGAAGGAGUCCUCGUCUGCACCACGACGAGUUUGCCCAGAUGGAGCUCGCAUUGGAGGAAUAUCUCCAGACGCAACCUGUCGAUCAUCAAUAUGACUCUGACAUGUUGGAGGCAAUGAAUCGGGCUUUGGCCGAGUCUGUGAACUCUGCCGGUUCAAACUUUGAUAUCACCAACAUGGUGCUCGAUUCGAACUGCCAGCUUGAAUUCGGUGACCUAUUGGGCCCGCCAUCUCGGCCUACCCCACGACCCGCGCGGCAACAAGCGAACGAUUAUGAGGAUUGGGAUACAUGGGAAAACAACGUCCGUACGCGUCAGACGGCAGACAAUACCAAGAACCAAUAGAUACCGAGGCAGCCGUGUUAUGCGUUGAGUUAGUACAGUGGAUAGCAUCCACAUUGAGUGUGCGGAACGUACUUUGACGCGAUUAGCGUAGCAUUGCGAGGAGUCUCAUCGCAUUUUAUGGGUUUGGAAGGGUUACAUUACAACACAACACUACGAACAUGAUAUCUGGGAAACGGCGUUUCUGCACAUCAAAGAGUUGAUGAUGCAUUGGUGGACUUAGAUGAUGAUUCCUCGGCCUAGGCGCCACUAGAUUGGCAUGCCAUCAGUUGCGUUUGUUGCUUUGUUUUUAUGUUUUAGCAAUGCCCUGGGUCCUAGACCUUGAUACCAGCAAUACAAUUC